AUGGAAAAUCAAUUAUCAUAUCUAUUAGAUGAACGAGAAGCGGAUUUGAAUGAAAAACAACCUGAUGACAAUCAAAGACAAAGAGUAGAAGUAAUGGAGGAUGAUCAUGUUGCAACUGAUCAACAAAUGAGUAGAAGACUUCAAGUUUUAGGAGGCAUCGUCUUAGACGAAAUUCAACAAGCUCUCAAUGAACUGAACAAGGUUGACACAAAUUUUUCUCCGAUUAUUGGGUAUGCUGAGGAGCCUUUGUUACCACUUUCUGAAGUAUGUGCUCCAUUGGCCGAUAUUCUUCAUAACUUAUCGUUCUAUGUGCAACUGGCACUAGAUGAAACUCCCGAAAAUCCACCUGAUGGGUUGACAAUUGAUGAGAGCGCUGCGGUUCGUCUAUACACGAUCGAAUGGGAAAGACCACAUCGAAGCCUGUAUUCAAUGCUCAAUUACACUUUGAAAGGCGGUAAUCGCGAAGAGCUUCGGCCUUAUUUUAAAUAUCUAAAGUUAUUCUUGACUGCACUGGUCAAAAUUCCGUGUGUCCCACCGUUGACUGUUUGGCGAGGAGUUACAAAAGAUUUGAGCGCAGAUUUUCCACCUGGUACCCCAGUAACAUGGUGGUCAUUUUCUUCAUGUACAAUAUCACUGACUGUCUUGGAAAAUAACAUGUAUUUGGGCACUACAGGAGCAAGAACUCUAUUUUCUGUUGAAGCCAUUAAUGGACGAACAAUAAGUGCCCAUUCACAUUUCGUUACAGAAGAAGAGAUUCUUCUUCUACCUGGUACUCAUAUGAUAGUUCAAUCACAAUUGAGCCCAGCUCCUGAUCUCUAUAUCAUUCACCUGAAACAAGUCAUACCGGAAGAAACCUUGCUUGAGCCUCCAUUCGAAGUAUAUCAAUGCAGUGAUCCAUAUCCAUCACCAAUGGUCUCUGAAACUGGAAAAUUACCAGUUGCUAUAGUAUUUGGGGAUUUCACGAAUGUCAAACGCGUAGAUUUGGCAGUGCUCAACUAUGAUGAUCGAAGUGUUGAUAUACUUCUUGGUAAUGAGAGAAAUGAUUAUGAGACUGAAUACUAUUAUCAGACAGAUGCUGCACCAAAUUCUGUAUUUAAUGUUGAUCUAAACUAUGAUGGACUCAUGGAUAUUAUAGUAGUGAAUGGAGAUGAUGACAGCAUUAGUGUUCUGCUGGAUAAUGACGACGAAACAUUUCAAACCUCAAUUGAAUAUUUAGUCGGUGACAAUCCAGUGUCAGUGACUGGAGGUAAUUUCAACAAUGAUACACUCAUAGAUAUAUUAGUAGUGAACUCUGACGAUGAUACAGUUAGCUUGGUAUUGGGUGAUGAAGAAGGUACAUUUUCUGAUAUUCAAAUUGCUUUUGACGUUGGUUCCAAACCUGUCUAUGUCAUAUCAGAUGAUUUUAAUCAGGAUGCAAAAUUGGAUUGGGCAGUUAUCAAUCAAGAUGAUAACACUGUCAGUGUGGCAAUUGGUUAUGGAAAUGGAACUUUUGAAGAUCUACAGACUUAUAGUGUUGGUGCAAUACCAGUCUCUAUGACAUGUGAAGAUUUCAAUAAAGAUGGUAAAGUAGAUUUGGUAGUAGUAAAUUAUGGAAAUAAUAGUGUUAGUGUGUUACUUGGUAAUGGGGAUGGAUCGUUUCAAGCUCAAAUUGUUUACGAAAUUGGCAUGAAUCCAAGUGCUGUAGUGGUGGCUGAUUUCAAUAAUGAUAGGCAGAUGGAUUUAGCAUUAACGUUUUCGAAUGAAUCUUCCAUCGGUGUGUUAUAUGGAAAUGGUGAUGGAAGCUUUCAGAGACCUGUAAAAUAUAAUGUUGGUAAUUCUCCAAAUGCUAUGAGAGCAGAUGAUUUUAACGACGAUGGUAGAAUAGAUCUGGUAGUAGCAAAUUCUGGAGAACACACGUUCAGUAUGUUGAUUAACGGUGUUGAUGGAACAUUUCAAAAUCAAAUUAAAUAUGCUACUGGUGCGAAUCCGGUAGCAAUAACUUCAGCUGAUUAUAAUAACGAUACGAUAAUCGAUGUGUUGGUGGUCAAUAAGGGAGAUAAUAGUGUCUCAUUGCUACUAGGUAAUGGAGAUGGAACCUGUCGUGGUCGAAUGCCGUAUAGGCUUGAGAAGAUAGCCGAUUCGAUGGCAACGGGUGAUUUCAAUAAUGAUACCAAAUUAGAUCUGAUAUUGACUAACACAAUCGAUCAUAGUAUUACUCUACUUCUUGGUAAUGGAUAUGGUACCUUCGAAUAUGAAAUAGUAUAUAAGAUUCAUUCUCCACCGAACUUCGUAGUAGUCCAUGAUUUGAAUAAUGACACGAUGUUAGAUCUGGUUCUUGUCAAUCAGCACAACGACACCAUUACGGUGCUGUUGGGUAAUGGAGAUGGAACCUUUCAAAAUGGAACAAAGUUCGCGACUGCUAGUCGACCGAGUUCUGUAGUUGUAGGUGAUUUCAACAAUGAUAACAAACCAGAUCUAGCAGUCACCAACUUAGGCACUCACAAUAUUAUUGUUCUAUUGGGAUAUGACAAUGGUACUUUCCAGACUAAUAAGACAUUUAAGUGUGGUGCUAGCCCUACUUUUAUGAUAUCAGUUGAUUUAAAUCGUGACCAGAUCAUAGAUCUUGUAGUGGCUAAUCUAGGUGAUCAUACGAUUAGUAUUUUAUUUGGCUUGGGAAAUGGAGAUUUUCAAGCUCAAAUAAAAUACAACGUUGAUAGGGAACCAAGUCAUGUAAUAUCAGGCGAUUUUAAUAAUGACAACAAGACGGAUAUAGCAGUGCUCGGUCGACUUUCGAAUCAUAUGGAUGUACUGUUUGGUGAUGGAAAUAUGACAUUUCCGAACCGAAAACGUUGUAUAUAUUAUCGUGGUACAGGUGAUAUUACAGACUGGACUAAACGUUCUUAUUCAAUAACAGCAUCAACAAGAAAGAUGAUUAAUAUACCGGGUGGUAUUAAAACAGAAUAUGAUGCUUUUGCAAAUGCUAGAUAUCUUAUCGAGGUAUUUCGACUUUCAUUUUAUUUAGUAAAUCAUACAUAUACAAAAAAUGUGAUUGAGUUUUAA